GUGAAAAAAUGGCGCUAUCACGUUCGAGUUUAUUUAUGAAAACUGUCAGGCCGAUUUUGUGGCGAAAAAGAAUAGUUAGAGCAUUUUACUCAACUGGGGAAGAGGGCGAUAAUAAUGAUGGUGUUUAUGGAAAUAAUGGACAUGAAAGAAACUUCACAAGUGAUCCCUUCUAUGGGGCAUCUCAGGAAGCUUUUCCAAAGAAUAUUUCUAAAAUUUUAAUGGCUCCCAUAAAUCAUGAUGAUAUAGAAAUCAAACCUGAUGGUCUUCUUUAUUUGCCUGAAAUUAAAUAUCGAAGAAUUUUAAAUGAAUCAUUUGGGCCUGGUGGCUGGGCGUUGCUUCCCAGAGGGGAGUCGCUUCAGUUUCAGAAUGAAAAGGACAGAAGUCAGUUGAUCACACGAGAGUAUGCCCUGUUCUGCAGUGGUCGCUAUGUCUCACAGGCUGUCGGUGAACACACAUUUUAUGGACAGGGUAACAUGGUGUAUGGCAAGGCGAUGGAGGCCGCCAAGUCUAAUGCACUAGUACGAUGUUGUAAAGAUCUUGGAAUUGCCAGUGAACUGUGGGACCCAAAGUUUGUUUCGGACUGGAAAGAUCAAUUUGCAAAGUCGGUAUGGUGCGAACACGCUAUCAAUUCCGAGAAACGAAAGUUGUGGCUUCGUAGCGACCGGGAUCCGGGAAAAGCGAUCCCAUAUCCUUGGAAAACAAUGGCUGGAGGUAGUAAUCAGAAAUGAUUAAGAGCGAAAACGAAACUGUUGCGAAGUGAGAAGAAUUACGAAUGAAUGUUGAUCCAAGGGCGCUUGUGCGGGGAAGAAAAAUAAUUUUCGUAGAUCAUUUUCACUUCCUAAAAGAAACUACCAGUCUAGUACCAAGUAGACAGCACUCUGUGAGAAUCUUAAGCAAAUUUGGCAUAUUUCGUUAGGCAGAAUGCGAAAAAAAAAAUACUAAGAAGUUUCCGUAAGAUAAUACUGAUGCAUUUAGAGACAUCCCAAAUUCUCAUAAAAUCCCCAGAAAUUUUUCUGAAAAACUCUUCUUGCGUGCGUUCUUCCGUUUUUCAAAUGCGGACAGAGGAACCUUUUGUUUACAAAAACGAUUAUAUUGCUUGCGGACACGUUAUUCGUAGCUACCUAUAAACAUCAUUUGUAUUCAAAGUUUUUCAUGUAAUCUAUGAUAGGAGGAGACGAUUUUUUUGCCAAAACUUACUAGUCAACAUCGGUUUUUGUAUUAUUAUACCUGAUAAUAAUUUGCAGCCAUGCCACGCCGAUGUUUUUAAAAGUUUGUCAAUCAAAAACAUCUGCCUUUUUAGCUGACUAUGCGACGUGUCCAAAUAAGCAUGCAAAUCAGCUUCGAAAAGUCGUCAAGGGCACUAGAAAACUUAUUUAUGUAAUAUAUAUCAAAUACAUAUAUAUCGUGUCUGAAGAUAGCAAGUUUUUAUAUCGAUCGUUCUACCGUGUAUAAUUGUUACUUUUGUUGAUUUCGAAUAAACUAAUGUCCCAAUUACAUGCGAAAUGGAAUGGGAUAUUUUACUUCAUUGCUGGUAUAAAUGUCAACAUUUGUCUUUAAAAUGGGCUGUAUAUUCGAAGCAUAUCGUGUGUUAAACAAGCCCAUAUUGUGGCUGCUUCCGAACUGUGAAAUUAUCCAUUUUACUCAAGUU